GGCAAUGUUUGUAAGAAACUGAUAGAUGGAAGCAAAAUUUCAUUUUUCUACGUUGGUGUUUUCAAUGAUUUGUGAAUGUAAAAGUGUAAAAAUUUAAAAUCUGGUUAAAAAAUAUUUACAAAUCACAUAAUUGAAACAUUCCGCACCCCCAUCAUAUAUUUCCCAAUCGUCCAUUAACCUUUGUGCGUCGUAGCUAAGUAAAAAAGUGAACAACAUACGAACAAUAUGGGAAAUAGUGACUCAAAAUUGAAUUUCCGCAAAGCUAUUCUACAGCUUUCACAGAAGGCCCAAAAAAUUGAUGACACCGACGAUCAGUUUUGGGACCAAUUUUGGUAUGGUCAUCAAACGUCACUAGAAGAUGUUUUCGCCUUAGUGCCAUCAAUGGAAAUACGAAAUAUACGUAAUAAUAAUCCGGGUAAUUUGGCGACGUUAUGCUACAAGGCCGUCGAGAAGUUGGCACUGGCAGUGGAUAACAGUUGUCGUACCCAUGUUGAACAGCAGUGUGUAUUGAAUUGUGUACGUUUAUUGAUACGUAUUUUGCCGUAUAUAUUUGAAGAUGAAAAAUGGCGUGAGUUUUUCUGGAGUAGUCUGCCUACACGAAACACACCCACGUCUAGUGAUGGCGUAGAUACCUUACAUGAAAAUUCGCCACGUACCGCAGGCGCACAACCGGUGCCAUUGGCACAGUCACUGAUAAAUGCUUUGUGUGAUUUGCUAUUUUGUCCAGAUUUUACAGUGACUGCUACACGACGUGCCGGUCCCGAUAAGGCGGAAGAGUUGGCCAACAUUGAUAGUUGUGAAUACAUUUGGGAAGCGGGUGUUGGCUUUGCACAUUCACCACCAAAAAAUGCUAACAUGGAAAAACGGCGUGCAGAGAUUUUAAAACUAUUAUUAACUUGCUUUUCGGAAACCAUUUACUGCUUAACGGAUGAGCCUAAUAGCUGGAUAGCUUAUUUUACCUCAGCUGAUAAUCGACAUGCCUUGCCCCUUUUUACAUCGCUGUUGAACACAGUGUGUGCCUAUGAUCCCGUAGGCAUGGGUGUACCCUAUAAUCAUUUGCUUUUUGCGGACACCACGGAGCCGCUCGUUGAGGCUUGCCUGCAAAUACUUAUAGUUACAUUGGAUCAUGAUAUGAUUAUGCAUCAACAACAGCAACUGGAAUUGCGGCGCCAAAUGCAAGGCAGUCAACCAGCCAAUUCUUACGAUGAUGGCUUUGGAGACAAUUUAUUUAUUAAUUAUUUAUCGAGAGUUCAUCGUGAUGAAGAUUUUCAUUUUAUACUUAAGGGUAUCACACGCUUGCUCAACAAUCCACUCUUACAAAAUUACCUACCAAAUUCGACUAAACGUCUGCACUGUCAUCAAGAAUUGCUAAUACUCUUUUGGAAGGUAUGCGACUUUAAUAAGAAGUUUCUCUACUUUGUGUUAAAGAGUUCUGAUGUAUUGGAUAUACUCAUACCAAUAUUAUAUCACUUAAACUACUCACGUGCGGAUCAGUCACGAGUUGGCCUCAUGCAUAUUGGUGUUUUCAUACUUUUAUUGCUUUCUGGUGAACGUAACUUUGGCGUGCGUCUUAAUAAACCCUACACCGCCACCGUGCCCAUGGAUAUACCAGUUUUUACCGGCACUCACGCUGAUUUGCUUAUUACAGUGUUUCAUAAGAUUAUAGCCACUGGCCAUCAACGACUACAACCACUCUUCGAUUGUCUACUUACAAUAUUGGUGAAUGUGUCGCCGUACCUUAAGACUCUGUCCAUGGUGGCUAGCGUCAAACUUUUGCACUUGCUGGAAGCUUUCAGUACACCUUGGUUCUUGCUAUCGGCGCCUAAUAAUCACCAUUUGGUUUUCUUCUUAUUGGAAAUCUUUAAUAACAUAAUCCAAUACCAAUUUGAUGGUAAUUCCAAUUUGGUCUAUACGAUUAUACGUAAACGCCAUGUAUUUCAUGCCAUGGCUAAUUUACCAUCAGACAUGGCGGGUAUUGCAAAAUGCCUGAGCGGCCGUAAAGUGGGUAAAUUCAAUAUACCGCCUGUACCACAUACAAAUUCGGCGCAUAUCGCCGCAUUAAGUGGUCGUCAAUUGUCUGCCGAUGUUGAUGAUGAGGAUUGUGAAUCGGAAACUGAGUCGCAUGACAAACAAAGCGAGAUACAAGAGGAAAAUGCUAUGCAGGCAUUACCCGCCGAACCGGGUACACUGAAGACUUCAUUGCUUGAGACGCCUGCCAUAAAUCAAAUGACUGAACGUGAAGCUGCACAUCCCAGCAGCGAAGAUACCCAAACGCCCACCGUUGAUGGCACCUCAGAUAUUUCACAAUUCGAACAGGUCAAUCGCACAACAACUAUUCCCAGUCGAAAUGAUAUUUCGCGUCGCAGUAAUACAUCACUCAAUUCCAACGAGAGUAAUGCCAUACCAAAAGAGAAUCAAUCACGCCUAUCUGUGGCCACACGCGGCAGUAUUCGUAUGGUACCGAAUGCAUCGGCUGAUCAUUGGACGCCAACACCUGAAUGGAUUGUUUCAUGGCGCUCGAAAUUGCCAUUACAAACCAUAAUGCGUCUGUUGCAGGUGCUUGUGCCACAAGUGGAGAAGAUCUGCAUCGAUAAGGGAUUGACGGAUGAAUCGGAAAUAUUGAAAUUUUUACAACACGGCACACUUGUCGGCCUGUUGCCUGUGCCACAUCCGAUACUUAUUAGAAAAUAUCAAGCGAAUGCUGGCACGACUGCCUGGUUUCGCACCUACAUUUGGGGUGUGAUCUAUCUGCGUAAUGUCGGCCCAUCUAUAUGGUAUGAUACAGAUGUGAAGCUCUUCGAAAUUCAGCGAGUUUAAAUUUUAGCCAUCAUUGGCUUAUUGGCUAUUAGUUAAUAGUAUACACAUAUACAUACAUAACUAUCUAAAGGUGCAAUUGGCUUAAACGCAGCAAUCUUUAUUUAAUAUCUAAAGCAGUUUCGCAUUCCAAGAUUUGCGUGUGUAAGUUAAAGUUUAUAAUGAUUAAUAUUUAUUAAUAUUUUAAGUAAAAAAUGCCACAGAGUUUUAAUUUCUUUAUUUAUGAUUUAU